AUGGCUAAAUGCGUGAAGUUACCCUGUAAAAAGUGGGCUGGCAAAGGAACCUCAAAAAAGUUAACAAAGCAGCCCACCAUACGACCCAAACAAAACCUGAAGCCAUCAAAGCCGAACAAGCGCCCCGAUACAUCCCAGCUCCCGAAAAAGGAUAGCAGUUUGAAACCCAAGCCGGAUACAUCUCGGCUCCCGAAAAAGGAUAGCAGUUUGAAACCCAAGCCGGAUACAUCCCAGCUCCCGAAAAAGGAUAGCAGUUUGAAACCCAAGCCGGAUACAUCCCAGCUCCCGAAAAAGGAUAGCAGUUUGAAACCCAAGCCGGAUACAUCCCAGCUCCCGAAAAAGGAUAGCAGUCUUUUGUUAAAACAGAAAACGAAACCCAAUCUGGGCUCCAAAAACUCUGGUACUUCUAAGAAGGUCAAACCCGGGUCAAAAUUGGUCUCGAAAAAACCUGCUUCUAAUCAACCAGGAUUCUUUUCUAAACUGAAGAGCAGUGUGUUCCGAAAAAAGUCCAAGGAUGGAAUAAUUGAGCCGAAUUACAAAAAGGCAGAGUUUCCAGGUGCUAAGAACCCGGAGGUUUCGAAGAAAUUUGCUGAAGGCACUAAGGCCAGGAGUUUGUCUGCAUAUCACAAACCGUGCAAAGGACCUGGUUCAGAUAAAUGUGCAUCAUAUGGAAUAGACAAGGGACUCGUUAUCAGCAAUUUACUGGAAGGCGGUAGUCUGCUAGUAUCGCUGGUCCAAACAGGUCAGACUUUUGUGGGGAUACACCAGACUAUGAAACAGUACAAAUUUGAAAGAGAGCAAUUCGAGCAUCAGAAGCAAUGGGAAAAUUCCACUUUCAAUCAAUACUAUCAAUAUCAAGACCAGCAACAACAACAACAGAAUGCCAACUAUGUUGAUAGACGUGAUGCAGGAGAUAGUCCCUCUGAGAAGUUGCCUACUAUCGGCGAAACGGACUUCAUCUCUCUGGGAAUGGGGAUAGCUGGAACAGGCUUGAAUGAAAACGGAAUUGAGAAGCUGGGAGAUCUGGUGUAUGUCCUUGAAGAGGGCGAAGUUGUGGAACCAGACGCAAAUGGUCAAAUACACCUGGAACCCAGAGAAGGAACAUCAGAAGCACUCAAAUUGCACCUACAAAAGGACACUUCGGCAAAUAACGGGGGGCUUGAUCUGCCAAGGAAACCGAACAAUAAACAACUGCAAAAAGACGACGCUGAAGAUUCAAGCGAGUCAUCAAGAGCAACUGAACUUUUCAAGUCUGCUGGAUUAUUUAACUUAAUAAUAAAUUUAAUGAUUUUAUUGCCUAAGAGGCUGUUAUUGAAUUCUAGUUUUUAAUUAUGGAUUACAUGAACUUCGAUAAUUGAAAGAAUUUAAUUUAAUAAUAUUACUAUGUGUUUAAUUUAAAUAUUUGAGUUAUAAUUUGAAACUUUCAGU